UUUUUUCUUACUCAACUAUUACUUGUUCUUCUCCUUUAACCUUUAUUUAUUCAUAUAAUAAUGGCAUCAGCAAAACUAAUUCAAAUCAUUACAGACAUCGACAUGGCUCGAUGUAAUAGUAACUGGGCUGUCAUACCUGACUUGGCUAGAAAAUACAAAAAAUAUAAUCCAGGUGGAGUAGUAUUAGAACAAAUCCUUUUAGUAGAGGCAACUUUUAUUCAAACGAUAAAUGAUAUACGCUCAACAAAUAGGGUUAAUUUUGAAAAUGAUUGUCCAUAUCACGUUAGCAUAGAGUAUCGAUUAGAACCACACUAUGUUAAAUCAUAUCAAGAUCAAUUGAUGGCUGCUAUUCAACUACCAGAUUCAACAAAUACAAAUAAAACUGAAAAAGAAUUUGCUAAAAUCAUUUUAGCACGUACUUAUUUUGAAUGUGGAGAAUAUCAAAAAGCACUUGAUAUAAUUAGUAAACUAUCAUUUGAAAAGGAUCAUGUAAGUCAAGGUUAUGGCCUAGUUUUAUUUUUACAAGCAAGAGUAAUAAAAGCUAUAUGUCUUGAAUUAACUGGGAAUGAAGCGGAUGCAAUUCAAAGUUAUCAAGGUGUUGAAGAGUUAUUAACUGAAUAUACAGAUGCUAGAUAUAAGUCUUUGAUUGAAUGGUCUGAAGAAUCGCUUUAUCGUGCUAUACUUUUAGGUUUAAGAGAAGGAUCUAUUAUAACUAUACCUGCUUUGUUAGAAUGUAUGCGACAAUAUCAACAAAUUACUGCCACUCAGUCUCCUUUGUGGCGUAUUCAAAAACGUAUGAUCAUCACAAAGCUUUCUUUACGAUAUAUAUCAAGUAUAUACCGUGAAAAUAAAUAUUGCUUACCAUCAGGGUCUCAACCAGACGAUCCUUAUCUUGAACGACACAUGUUUAUACGUGAACAAUCGCAACUUCAUACAAUUUAUGAAAGAAUGCUUUAUACAGUCACACCAUUACCAAAAGCAGGUCAAGUCAACACACUUGUAUUAGAUUUUAUCGACCAAUUUGCAAAAGAUUUUGAAUUGAUAUCUACUACAGCAUAUGAUUUACGUGGAUUCGUAGAGGUCCUCGAUCGUGCUUCACAGCGCACAUUUAAUUCCCCAUUAAUUACAAGGCAUUUAUUUUUGGCAUUAGUACGAUUAGGUGAGAUUGAGGAAGCAGAGCAUGCGUUGCAUUCCUAUUUGUACAUUGUGGGUCUAGUAGCGUAUGGUUGGAAGGAAAAUCAACGAGAGGGGCAGGCAUUAGCAACUGACAAAAAGGGGUUCUGCAUGCCUGUCCCUGUCUCUCGACCCGAUAUAGAAACAACUGAAGCAACGGAACAAAUCUUGCCUGUAAGACGUGAAUCGAUUGUAGGUGAUAUCUCUAAAAUUAAAAGCUUAGAAAAAGAAGAAGUGGAGGAUACAUUGCAAGUACUCUUAACAGCUAUCAAAAUGUAUUGUAAUGAUGUGUCUCGUAGUACGGAUGCAGUAGAAAUAGCAGAAAUUGCAAAAGAGUUUUAUCAAAAGCAAAAUAUGCGUGUACGUAAAUCCACUCUUUCAAAUAUAGGUGCUUCUGUUUAUCGUGCUUUAGGAGCUGCUUAUGGAUUUUUAGGACGUCAAACUUUUGAUCCCGAUCUACGGCCGAUUUAUUAUGAAAAGGCACUUUCUUAUUUAAAAUAUUCAUUGGAACUAAAUUCAGACGUUUGGGAAACAUAUUACCAGCUUGCUUUACAACAAGCAGAGAUGCAUGAUAUAAACCAAGCUGUACAAUCAAUUACAAACGCAAUUCAAACGAAUCCUUCACAAAUUUUACUUUGGCAUUUAUUGACACUUCUUGUUUCCUGUCCUUGCCAGGGAGAUUAUCAAAAGGCUUUAAAAACUUGUAAUGUAGGUUUAGAACAAUUUAAUUUGGCUGGUUUGGACGGAGAAAGUGCAUUCUAUGGCGAGAAUUAUGAUACAGCAGAACAGUAUGUAAUGUAUCAAUUAACUAAAACAUUGUUGUUGGCUGCAUUAUACGGUCCAGAUUCAGCACUACUUUCUUCUGAAAAUUUAUUAGUUUAUUUUCGUAUGAUAGCUGCACCAGAUCCAUCUACAAGUUCGCCCUCUGUUUACGGAGGUGCUCACAAUGACAUGGUUAUUUCUGGUUCUCUUGGUAAUUUAAGUGAGUUGCAAAUCGUAGUUAAUCAAAAGAAUCGACGUCAAAGUAUAAGCAGUAGUCUAAUUGCUACUCAACAACAACAACAACAUUAUCAUCAUCAUCAUCAUAUAUCUAAAAUUAAUAAUAUGAUGAGCUCUGUAUCAACAAGCCGAGUUGGCUCAUCAUCACAUGAUAAUAUAUUAACAACAUAUACCAAUAAAACAUUAGUAGCUGGCAGAGCUAGAUCUGCGUCGAAUUUAGGAUCAAAUAAUAAUAGUAUAAUAUCAAACAACAACAAUAAUAAUAACAGCCAGUUAUUAACUGUACCUGGUAGUAAUAACGAAGUAAAAAAGCAUCACCAUCAUCAUUUACAUAGUCUAAAUCCUUUUGGAUCUAAAAGCACUCGUAAUAAAAGCAUACUACCUCAGCAAACCAAUUAUAUUUAUUCACAAAAUGCAGGAAUUGGAGAUAAUUUCAGUAUUCAAUCAUUACCUAUAUCAUCAUAUGAUACUAAAAGUAUUGGGACUAAUUCAGUAGCAUCACUUCAUAGUAUUACACCUUCUUACAUAAGCAACCAAUCCAUUUUACAACCUAAAAAUAUACCUUCAAAACCGAGCACACGAACCAUUCUGAGAAAAGAAAAAUCAAGUCGUAUCUUAUCUGAUCUUUGGCUUCUAAUUGCACAAUUGUAUAUAAAACUUGGAAAAUUAGACGAAGCACACAAGGCAGUGAAAGAGGCUGAAGAUGCGAACUCUACUACAAACCCUCGAGUAUGGUGUAUUUUAGGACAAUUAUUGCAAACAGAGGGUAAUAUUGAGCAAGCACAAAUGGCCUUUCAUAAAGCACUUGCAAUUGAUCCACAUGAUGUUCUUUGUCGACUUUGGCUUGCCAAGUCUUAUGCAGAACAGGAUAGUCAAGACCUUGCUGAAGGCUUAUUAGAUGUAAUUACAAAAUCGAAUGGUUGGGAUUGUGCUGAAGCAUGGUUCCAAUUAGGUGAAGUAUAUAAACUGACAGGAAGAUUAGAUCGUACAAAGGAUUGUCUUUUUUAUGCACUUGAAUUAGAAUCUACUACUGCCAUUCAGUCAUUUUCUAUCUUACCAAGUUAUAUAUAAUAAAUAAUCUAAUCUGAUUUUAUUUGUCAUUUUAUAUCAGAUCAUAUACUUUUUUUUUCAUGCUGAAUAAAUGAUAUUUUAUUUACUUCUUUUUAUAUAUAUGAAUAUAUA